AGCAGCCAGCGCCGAGUUUGGGCUGCUGAACCCGGACCGCCUGCUGCUGACUGCUCGGUUCUGGGCUGGAAAGGUUCUGGAGGGUUCUGGGUUUUUGUUCUGGACCGGCAGCCAUGGCAGACUUCUGGGGGGACAUUGCCACUCAGAGGGUGGCCAGAGGGAUCUCUGUGGGCAACGAUGAGGAGGCCGUGUUGGACCAGGGCAAGACCAGCACCACCCUGCACACCAACUUUGAGAAGGAGGAACUGGAGAGCCACAGAGCCGUCUACGUCGGCGUUCACGUCCCGCUGGGCCGCGAGAACCGCGAGAACCGCCGGCGGCACCGCCACAGAGGACACCGUCAUCACCGCAAGCGCCGCGACCGUCUGGACCGGGAGGACGGGCGCGAGUCUCCGUCGUACGACACGCCGUCCCAGAGGGUCCAGUUCCUGCUGGGCACCGAGGACGACGACGAGGAGCACAUCCCCCACGACCUGUUCACCGAGCUGGACGAGCUGGCCUUCCGGGACGGACACGCCCAGGUGUGGAAGGAGACGGCCAGGUGGCUGAAGUUCGAGGAGGACGUGGAGGACGGCGGCGAGCGCUGGAGCAAGCCCUACGUGGCGACGCUGUCGCUGCACUCCCUCUUCGAGCUGCGCUCCUGCAUCCUGAACGGCACCGUGCUGCUGGACAUGCGGGCCGGCUCCAUCGAGGAGAUCGCAGACAUGGUGAUCGACAGCAUGCUGGCGUCGGGGCAGCUGGAGGAGGAGCUGCAGGAGAAGGUGAGGGAGGCCGUGCUGAAGCGCCACCACCACCAGAACGAGAAGAAGCUCAGCAACCGCAUCCCGCUGGUCCGCUCCUUCGCCGACAUCGGCAAGAAGCACUCCGACUCCCACCUGCUGGAACGCAACGGGGAGGGCCUCUCCGCCUCGCGGCUCUCCCUCCUCCGUCGCUCCUUCAGCACCUCCACCCCUCCCCCGUCCCCCGGUGGCUCCUCCCCCUCCUCUCCUCGCAGCGCCCCCGGCUUCUACCACCAGCAGCGCCACCUGUCGGAGCCCUGUCCGUCCUUCCUGACUCCGCCUCCUCACGGCCACGCCCCUCCAGACGGAGCGCCGCGCCGCUGCUCCGCCCCGGAGAAGCUGACGGUUCCUGAGGUGGUGGUUUUCCCUCCUGAGGAGGAGGAGGAGGUGCAGCACCACGGACCGGACCUGCAGGUUCCUGGGAGCCACACAGGGCUGCUGGCGUCGCCUCAGUCGGCUCCAGGAAACCUGGACAACAAGAUCUGCGAGGGUCGCAUCAACGGAGGCAGCAGGGAGAACAGCACGGUGGACUUCAGCAAGGUGGACAUGAACUUCAUGAAGAAGAUCCCACCUGGCGCCGAGGCCUCCAACGUUCUGGUGGGCGAAGUGGACUUCCUGGAACAUCCCAUCAUCGCCUUCGUCCGCCUCUCCCCGGCGGUUCUGCUGACUGGACUCACCGAGGUCCCGGUACCGACCAGGUUUCUCUUCCUGAUGCUCGGCCCGUGCGGGAAGGGUCUGCAGUACCACGAGAUCGGCCGCUCCAUCGCCACGCUGAUGACCGACGAGGUGUUCCACGACGUGGCGUACAAAGCCAAGGACCGCACCGACCUGCUGUCCGGCAUCGACGAGUUCCUGGACCAGGUGACGGUUCUGCCGCCGGGCGAGUGGGACCCCAGCAUCCGCAUCGAGCCGCCCAAGAACGUCCCGUCUCAGGAGAAGAGGAAGACGGCGGCGCAGCCCAACGGCUCCGCCCCCUGCCCGCAGGCGGGGAAGGAGAUGGAGCACCACGCGGGGCCGGAGCUGCAGCGGACCGGCAGGAUCUUUGGAGGCCUGGUGAAGGACGUUCGCAGGAAGGCGCCGUUCUACUGGAGCGACCUGAAGGACGCGCUGAGUCUGCAGUGCCUGGCCUCCGUCCUCUUCCUCUACUGCGCCUGCAUGUCGCCCGUCGUCACCUUCGGAGGUCUGCUGGGCGAAGCCACCAAAGGAAACAUCAGUGCCAUCGAGUCGCUGUUCGGGGCGUCCAUGACGGGCGUGGCCUACUCCCUGUUCUCCGGUCAGCCGCUCACCAUCCUGGGCAGCACCGGUCCAGUUCUGGUGUUCGAGAAGAUCCUCUUCAAGUUCUGCUGCGACUACCAGCUGUCCUACCUGUCCCUGAGGACCAGCAUCGGGUUAUGGACGGCCUUCCUCUGCCUGCUGCUGGUUGCCACGGACGCCAGCUCCCUGGUCUGCUACAUCACGCGCUUCACUGAGGAGGCCUUCGCCGCGCUCAUCUGCCUCAUCUUCAUCUACGAGGCCCUGGCCAAGCUGGUCCACCUGGGCGACGCCUACCCCGUCAACAUGCACCACCAGCUGGACAACCUCACCUUCUACACGUGCCGGUGUUCUCCUCCUGCCAACGCCUCGGCGGAGGCCCUGCAGCUGUGGAGCAGCAGGAACUUGACGUCGGGGGACAUCGAGUGGGAGCAGCUGGGCGUGAAGGACUGCCGGGACUUGAAGGGAGAGUUCGUCGGGUCGGGCUGCAGCCACAACGGGCCCUUCGUCCCCGACGUCCUCUUCUGGUCCAUCAUCCUCUUCUUCGCCACCUUCUUCCUCUCCUCCUUCUUCAAGCAGUUCAAGACCACCAGAUACUUCCCCACCAAGGUGAGGUCGGCCAUCAGUGACUUCGCCGUCUUCCUCACCAUCAUGAUCAUGGUGCUGCUGGACUACCUGGUGGGAGUUCCUUCUCCCAAACUGCACGUUCCAGACCGCUUCCAGCCCACCUCCAGCAGCCGGACCUGGCUGAUCUCUCCGCUGGGACCCAACCCCUGGUGGACGCUGCUGGCUGCGGCCGUGCCGGCUCUGCUCUGCACCAUCCUGAUCUUCAUGGACCAGCAGAUCACGGCCAUCAUCAUCAACAGGAAGGAGAACAAGCUGAAGAAAGGCUGCGGCUACCACCUGGACCUGCUGGUGGUGGCGGUGAUGCUGGGCGUCUGCUCCAUCAUGGGCCUGCCCUGGUUCGUGGCCGCCACCGUCCUCUCCAUCUCCCACGUCAACAGCCUGAAGGUGGAGUCUGGCUGCGCCGCGCCCGGCGAGCAGCCCAAGUUCCUGGGCAUCAGGGAGCAGCGGGUGACGGGCUUCAUGAUCUUCGUGCUGAUGGGCUGCUCUGUCUUCAUGACGUCGGCGCUGAAGUUCAUCCCCAUGCCGGUCCUCUACGGAGUCUUCCUCUACAUGGGCGUGUCGUCGCUCAAAGGCAUCCAGCUCUUCGACCGCAUCAAGCUGUUCAGCAUGCCGGGCAAACACCAGCCGGACCUCAUCUACCUGCGCUACGUGCCGCUGUGGAAGGUCCACGUCUUCACCGUGGUCCAGCUGUCCUGCCUCAUCAUCCUCUGGGUCAUCAAGGCGUCCCGCGCCGCCGUCGUCUUCCCCAUGAUGGUGCUGGCGCUGGUCUUCAUCAGGAAGCUGAUGGACUUCUGCUUCACCAAGCGGGAGCUGAGCUGGCUGGACGACCUGAUCCCCGAGAGCAAGAAGAAGAAGGACGACGACAAGAAGAAGGAGGAGCAGGACGCCGAGCAGAUGGAGGACACCGAGGACGAAGCUCCGUACGGGCCGCAGAGCAUCCUGAAGUUCCCCAUCAAAUCCCUGAAAGGGCGCUCCGACCCGUCUGAGGUCAACAUCUCAGAUGAAAUGGCCAAAAGCGGGAUCUGGAAGUCGGUCUCCAAGAACUCUGAGGGAAGCAAAGGCCUGAAGCGCUGCAAGAGUCAGGACAAGCUGCCCAGCGUCCAGAUCAGCGUGGAGAACGAGGACGGCCGCAGGUUUGUGGACUCUGAGACGGCGUUAUGAUCCUUCAGCCGGGGGGCGGAGCCUGACGGCGGCGGAGGAUCCCAGGAGGACCAAUCAGCUUCCACCUGCCGGCGCUGCGCCUCUCUGACGAGACGCUGUUUUAUUUCCUCAUCGUUUUAUGGUGAAACACGGAGACUCCUCAGGUUACUUUGGUUUUUACCCACAUGGUCCGCCGCCGCUGCCGCUGCGCUCUGAUUGGCCGGCCGUCGGACCGCGAGGACGAAUGUUUAGUUUCCUCGUUCGGCGCGCAGACGCCACGCGGGACGGACGUUUUAUUUACUCCAUCGUGCUGAUUUCAGUUCAGAGUGCGCUCACCGUGUUGCCUGCAGGUUCCACCUCAGAUGUUUGUAGUUUCUUUGUAAAUUUUUAAUAAAUCAGUUUGGAGGCAAAAA